AUGGAAGAAUUUCCAUUUUCUUCUUCACUUGAUCUUUCCCACUUAAAUAAAAUACUUUCAUAUAAACAAUUAUACGAAGCAAAGGAACAUCUUUUGCCUGAACUUUUAGAAAAUGGGUAUAAAGGUUAUUUCGGAAAAAUAUGUAUAAUUGGAGGGAAUGAAAUAUAUUCUGGAGCGCCAUUUUUAUCAGCUAUGACUACACUUAGAUUAGGAGCUGAUUUAUGUUUUGUUUUAUCUUCAAAAGAAUGUAGCAUACAUUUAAAAAACUAUAGCCCCGAAUUAAUUGUCUAUCCAUAUUUAUACACAAACAAAUUUCCAAAAGAAAAUAAUAAGGAUUUAGAAAAAUGUAUAGAAUAUUUAUCUAAUAGAAUUGAUAGUUGUGUUAUUGGGCCAGGGCUUGGAACAAUAGACAAAGAAACAGAAAAUUGCUUAAAAUAUAUUAUUGAUAUAUUUAUAAAAUCAAAUAUAUUUUUAAUAUUGGAUGCUGAUAUUAUUCAGUUUAUUAUUACUAAUAUUGAUAUAUUUAAUCUUAUAAAAAAUUAUAAGAAUUGUAUAUUUACUCCUAAUAAAAAUGAAUUUAAAAAAAUGAUAUAUUUUUUAACAGAAUGCAAACAUAUACAAUUUGAUCAUCUUUAUACAAACAAAAUGAUAUUAUAUUCCCAUCAAAUAAUAAAACUAUUUAACGGGCCGAAAAUAUUAAUAAAAGAUGUUCAUGAUAUUUUCAUUUCAAAAAACCUUUUUUUUAUUUCUUCAAUUCAAAAUCAAUCAUUCAAACGUUUGGCAGGUUUAGGUGACAUACUGACCGGACUUUUGGCUGUAUUCCUUGCCUGGGGGUCUAAGAAAAAAGAUGUAAUUUCGAUCGAAAUUAAAGAUAAAUUUUUAAUUAACGAUUUAUGCGAAUAUUCCGAAUACAUAGAUGCCCUUUCGGUUUUUAACGCAUCCUAUUUACUCAAAUAUAUAUGUAAAGAAACUUUCAAAAAAUUUUACAUUGGUAUGAUUGCCACAGAUGUAAUAAAUAACAUUCCACUACAUUUCCAACAAAUUUAUUGUGAGCAACCCAAGAAAAAAGAUGAGUCUAAAUAA